CUCGGCAGGCUCUUCAGGUCUCUAGUAUUAAUAAAGUCCAGUGGUUUCUCCCCACCAUGUAACCGAACCAUAUAAUCAUCGACGCACGAUGUUCAAGAGGUUCCGUCGUCGCGGUCGUUGCAGUAUCGACAAGGAUAAAGAAAAAAAGAAAGGCUUCUCAACGAAUGACAGCGCGCAAAACCGAUCACGCGGUCGAACCAAGAGGUUCGCUUUCGGGUCGGUGUCAGGGACCGUUUCGCGUGUGCGUGUAUUCUUGUAUGUGUGCGCCAGUAUCUCACAACAAAUAUGUCCGUCGUGGUGGGGAGUACGUUUUCCCGUUUGCCGUUUCGCAUAUUUCUUCCCCCGCAUUAUUAUCAUGUAGUUUGACAUAGGUGAACUCUUUGCGUGUUGUCUCUUUCGGGCACGGAAAAGUACAGGUGUUCGGAACGCGGGUGUAUGGUGGUGUAUGGUUUACACAUUGGAUCGACCGUUAAAGCCGAAGGAAGGAAGAAUUUUCUGCAUCGGGAACGCGAGACGAGGAUCGUUUCAUCGCUCGAUGAGAACGAUGCGCGAGUUAGUUCUCUUCCUCGGUAAUUAGAACGAUUAUUUAAUCAUGUUCAAUUCGCGAGGAACCAGAGAUGAUCGUGGGCAGCCAACGGCGUGAGUCUCGCGAUUAACGGACGGGCCUGACACGGAAAGACGGAAGGAAGGAAGGAAGGAAGAGGAGGGUAGCAGGGUAGCAAGAUGGCGGGGUCCUUAACGUGGUCGUGUACUUGUUGCCUGCGGUUCAAGUUCAGCCCCGAGGAGAUCGAGCAGCGUUACAAAAGUCAGGAGAUCGAUCGGAUGCUGGAGAAGGAUCGUCAAGCUCUUCGACGACAGGUCAAGCUGCUGCUCCUCGGGGCGGGCGAGAGCGGAAAGUCGACAUUCCUUAAACAGAUGCGAAUUAUUCACGGAAUUAAAUUCGAGCCUGAAUUAAUCAAAGAAUACCAACAUAUAAUUUAUCAAAACAUAAUUAAAGGAAUGAAGGUGUUGGUGGAUGCUCGUGACAAAUUAAAUAUUCCUUGGGAAAACUCUAAAAAUUAUGAUAUUGGUUACCAAUUACUGAAAUUCGAAAAUACUAUGGUACUAGAUGCUAGGUUGUUUCUCCAUUACGUACCAGCUUUGCAAAGCUUAUGGACAGAUGCAUCAAUCAGAAAAGCCUUUGAUAGACGAAGAGAAUUUCAAUUAAGUGAUUCAGUUCAAUAUUUUUUGGACAAUCUUGACAGGAUUGCCAGAAUGGAUUAUGUACCUACACAUCAAGAUAUUUUGCAUUGUAGGAAAGCUACUAAAGGAAUUUCAGAGUUUGUUAUACAAAUUAAUAAUAUCCCAUUUUUGUUUGUCGAUGUUGGUGGACAGAGAUCUCAGAGACAGAAGUGGUAUCAAUGUUUUGAUUGUGUUACUUCUAUACUUUUUCUUGUGUCAUCAUCUGAAUUUGAUCAAGUGUUGUUAGAAGACAGGAGAACCAAUCGAUUAGAGGAAUCGAGAAACAUAUUUGACACGAUAGUUAACAAUAUGAUAUUCGGUGGAGUGUCUAUCAUUUUGUUUUUAAAUAAAACUGAUUUGUUAGACAAAAAAGUGAGAUCACCAGACACAAACGUUCGUUGGUACUUUCCAAAAUUCACGGGAGAUUCGCAUUCCAUGAAGGAUGUGCAAAAUUUUAUAUUGCAAAUGUUUGUGUCUGUCAAAAGGGACCCAAGAAAGUCACUUUUUCAUCACUUUACUACUGCCGUGGAUACAGAAAACAUCAAAAUUGUGUUCAAUGCUGUCAAAGAUACAAUUUUGCAUAGAAAUUUGGAAUCGCUGAUGCUCCAAUAAUGAUAAGUGUACAUAAAAAAUCAAACAACUUCCGAUCCGAAGGUAUGCAUUCAACAUUUAGUGUUUGGUACAUAGUAAAGUGAAAUUGUAGUUGAAAUAAGUAUUAGGACAUUGAUUAGAGAAGAAUGUUCUGGUAAGACAAUACCAAUGUGUGUGUACCUAUGUAAAUCACGUGAUUACUUCUGUUUAUAACGAUAAAUUAAACGUUUUCAUAAUAGUUUUAUACGAAGUAGUAGAAACUGCCUAAUGAAAACAUACAUUGAAAAUUUUUACUGUGUACAUAUAUGUAUGUAUACAUGUACAUAUCAACUAUUCGUAUGUACAUGUAUGUAUACAAUAUACGUAUCUAUAAGACAUUUCCAUCCUUUUUUAUAACUAUUAAAAAGUUGUAAGAAGACUAGACACUAUUGUACAUAGUAAUUUGUAUUCUAUACAUUGUCCAUAAUAAUGGUUUUACAUAUUUGUAUAAAAAAGGAUCAGUUUGCUAAUAGUUUAGCCAAGAUUUUCUAUUUUGUACAGAUAUUUAAUCCAACGCUUCUUUUUUAUAUUAAAAUGUGUAAUGAAAAUGCUGGUCACGUAACCAGUCUUCACAAACAUAAGAGUAACUUAUUUUCUACUUAAGAUUAAUUAUCUUUGUUAACAUUGAAUUAUUAAGUAACAAGGAAACCAAAUACUAGAUCCAUGCCAUAUAAACCAAAUGAAACUAACCAGUUUGUGUUCAAAUUGCUGUGUGCAACAAAUGUAAAUUUUUAGUUACUGUUUUCUUCUUUAAUUUGAGUUCAGAAUUGCACACAGGGUUUCGAUAUUUCGCUAUGAUAACAUGACAUUUUGUACUUUCGUGUUCAUUAUGUUUUCGAUUCGUCGUUUUUGUACCUUUAAAUUGAUGUUCUGUUAUUUUCAGUUCACAAUAAAUUACAUUUUGUAAGCAGCUAUAAUUAAAAUUAAUAUAAUUUUAACAGUAAAAUAUUGUUCUCCUACGUACACGCGUGUUUUGUUUAUGAUAUAAACAUCCAGUAUUUCAUACGAUAAAUUAUAUACAAAAAUUUAUGACAAAACAUCAUAAUAACCAAUAUUUCAGUUUGUAUUAAACGAUUAAGUAAUACCUGUUCUGCUAAACUUUGAUUUUGAUAACUGGUCCUUACUUCAAUAUUACUAUUUCUUUAAGAAAAUUUACGUUAAUCAGUAUUAUUAUUUCUUGUAUACAAAGAUUCAAACAAAGUUGGUUUUUCAAUUUGUAUCUAAUAGCAAUUUGCCAGAAUUAUGUUUAAUCCUUUAAUUUUAUGCAAGUGUGGUCUAUAUUAAAUAGCUGGAAAUAUUUUUUUACAGACAUUUUUGUUUUCAUAUUUUAUAAAUGUUUGGCAGCCAGCAUUAUUUAGCAUAAUCAAAAUAGAGCUACCAGGUUGUAACAAUCGUAAAGUGUUAAGCAACAAGGUUUGGUUACAUCUGCAAAUUAUACAUUUCAAAAUUUUCUUUCAUUAAAAAACUGUGUCUUGAAUUAGAAUUGCAGGCAUUACUAUAACCAAGGGUUUUAUGUAAUAAUGUAUACAAUAAAACCAAAGAGUGUUAAGUAAAAAUACUUUUUACAACAUGUAAUGUUAUAAAUAUUUAAAAAAAAAUGUAAUCAUACUUGUGCAUGUAAGUUAUUCCAGUUUGCUGUUUGGAUCAUUUAUUACAUCAAAUCUUUGUUUCCCUUUCUCGGUGCAUUAAAAAACAAAAAGGUAAAAAAUUCAACUUAUGUUAAUUUUUUUCUGAAUCAGUCAUUUUCAAAAUUAAUAAAAAUCAUAUUUUGUUGUGUUUGUAUAUAAGAAGUUUUAGAUAUAGUGUAAUAAUACAAAGUGUUAGAAAGUUCAAAUUUUUGCAUGAUUUAUAUCAUGCACAGACAUUGAGAAACUUUGACAAUUGGUGUAUUUUCUUAACUGAUAUUUUUACAUUCCUAUAAAGUUAAUCAGGUUCGAUUUAAUUGAUAUUCUUAGAAUGUAUUUAAAUUAUACCACAUUUUUUAUAAUGUAGGUACACUAUUAACGUCUCCAAUGGAGUAUUUGCUUGAAAAGUAAACGAUAUAAAAUUUUAUACAAUUUACACGUCCUGCUAUACAGAAAUUAUCUAUCAAUUAUACUGUUGAUUUAACUAGUUUUACCUGAAUAUCCAAUUAAAACAACACUUUGUGUAAUGGAAUAGGGACACUGUAAUAUAAAAUUACGAAUAAAUGUUAACAAAUAAUGUUGUUGUUAGUUACGUGUAUAACGGAAAAUUGAAUAUAUUGGCAUCAAAUGUUUUUGAACAGUAUGUAAAUAUAUUACAUUACAUAUUUUCUAUUUUAGUAACUGUGUUUACUUUCCCGUUAACAAUUAAACAUAAUUUACUUCGAUUCUUGCGCGAAAUCGUAUUUAAAUUAUUGUUAACCUCUUAAGACAUUGAAUGAUAAUAUAUUACCUCAUUCGAUUUUUACAAAUAUAUCUCAUAAAAAGUUAAUAUAUUCGAUUUUUUGUUUUAAUAAUUUUUUCAUUUAUCGAUAAUGACAUUAUUUGCUAGUAUUUGUUUGUAACUUUUUGUCGAAGUAUGUAUCAAAUCUCGAAACUUCUGAAAUACUACUUCAGACAUGUUAUCUUAUUUCACAGUUACUUAAUUUUUUAAAUGUGAUUACGUUAUCUUAUUUCAUGACAAAAUUUGAAAAUAAAAAUUCUGUGUAUUUGAGAUAAUUAAGUCCUCUUCAAAAUAAACCAAUGUGUUUUGAAAUCUUCAAAUAAAUGAAACUACGAAUCUUUUUGCGUCAUUAAAAUGUUGAUAUGAUAAUGAUUCAAAGAAAAGAAAUUAGCAUAACAAAUAUACUUCAUCGAUAUUUUGCAUAUUCAUUGCUUAUUAUUCGUAUUUAUAAUUUCAAUUACAGGAUGUGAUUAUAAUUUAUAUAAAUCACAAAUACACAGGGUGUUCAAUAGAUUUUCAUGAAAACUUUGGUAGCAUAUUGUAUGGCCAAAAAUAAGGUUAAAAUUUAUCAUUAAAAAUAAUCAUUAACUCUCUAUUUACAAACAACGAGUAAAUAUUUAAUUAAACCAAAUAAUAUUUAUUCUUUGUAUAAACAUUGUGUAACUUUUAAGCUUACUUGAAAUAAGAACUUGCUAUUUUGAGAUUUAUUUGAAAUACUUGUCAAUAUAAUAACGCUGUGAAAAAUAAAAGACUGAAAUAUUAUUUCAGAUAGUUCUUAUUUUCAUUUCAAAUUGUCCAGGUUUGGAGUAUACCAUGUGAAUACCUCGACCACUUUAAUUAUAUCUGAUACUACUAGACAUUUGAAAUUAUCUUCUUUUUAAUCUUUUGGUUUAGAAAAGCCUUCAAGCUGAUUAUGUAAUAUUUUUUGUAAUGUCAAUUUCUAACUAUUAAAAUAUCCAAAAAUUAAUAUUUCCUAAGAUAUUAUAAUUUAACAUUGAAUAAUAAACUAUUGAAUUUAUUCUCCUUUGAACAGACCAUUUAACUAUUAAUUUUAGGAUUAAUUUAUUUUAAUAAUUUUGUUCUCAAAAUUCAUUAUUGUAUUAAAUUCACAAAAAACUAGCAAAUGCGCUGAAAAAUAUAAGGUUAACCUCUUGAAAAUUUUCGAAAACAUGUGUAAUUAAUUUGUUGGCACUUCUAAAUCAAAGAAUGAAACGAAGAAUAAUUUGAAUUGGUAUAUUAGCAAUGGUACCAGAAAUAAUUAUGAUGCUUUGGUGUUAUAUACAAAAUAUAUAUAUGUAAAAGGUUGUUUUAAUUGGGUAAAUUAUCAUUAUCGGAUUAAUGAUAAUACACGUGUAUUCGGUUCACAGUAAUUGUAAUGUCCACGUAUCCGGAUACGUAAUCCGGAUUUAAAGGCCUCUACUACCAGUACUCAUCAAGAGUAACAUUCGGAAUUUUUAUAGAAAUAUUUUAAAGGAAAAUAUACUCUUGAUAGACCAGCAACCUUGGGAGUCCACGUAGAUAGAAUGUGUAUGUAAAAAAUAUCUUGAAUUUAUGCAAAACUUUCAUGGUACUUAUAUAGAGAGAACCAGAAGUAGGAACACGCUUAUUUAAUCAGGCAUACCUCUAACUGUAGGUCUUGAUGUCCUGUUUGAGAAACACGCUUCGUUUAGACGUAAAUGGUUACUCGUUUUCGAGGUAAAUGAAAUUAAAGAUCAAGAUUUCGGUAUUCUAAGUGUUGGACAAUAGUCAACAUUCAGAAGUACUACUUCUUCAUACUACAGUAGUACAAUGACAUCAAAGCAUAAUGUAAAUUAAAAAUCUCUAGAAAUUUCACUCGGUCAAUAAUAAAUUCUUAUAAUUCGAUUUAUUUUGUAAGCGAAUUACUAUCCACGUUCGAAAGGAGUAUGUUUCUUAAAUAGCACGUUUUACUUUCAGUUCCCUUCUCGUUAGAUGUUUCUCUAAAAGAUAUAACUUUUUUUGUAAAGAUUUAAACAUAUUUUUUGGAAUCAGUUCAGAGAAAGUAUUGCAGACAUGUUACACUAGAAGUUUCUUUGGGACAAAGGAAACUGUUAUUAAAUUUUGUCAUACACCAAUGUACAUUGCACCGUGUAUCGUGCUGUUGUGGAUUAAUUGAAAAGUAAACAAGUAAUAAAAUACCGUAAAUCGUAACACGCAACAUAUUCGAACGUUUUAUCGUAGUGUGGACUAUGAAGGCAUAGUAACUUUGUGAUAGUAUGUCGCGAAAAUUAAAGAGACGGUGAUUUUUAUAUUUUUAAAGGCGUUGAAAUUAUUUGAAUCUGUUCAAUCUAAUCGAUUUUAUACAUUUCAAUCUACGUGAAAUAAAAAGAAAGAAAGCGGAAUUGAUAUAUUCUAUGAUUAUGAUAUCGUUGACAAUGAUACAUCAGUGUUUUAUAUAUAAAUAUAUAUAUAUACAUACGUUUAAAACGAUUUUAUUAUGAUUUGUAUUAUACUUGCAUUAGGUACUUUUAUAUGCAUACCUACAUUCUCAAAUCAUGAGAGACGGACAUUUGUAAAACGAUCGAUUGUCUUAUUACGAUCUUACUACGAUCAUGAGAGCAUUUAAGUUAAAAAGACAAAUUGCAAUUACAACGAACAAAAGCUAGGGGGUAGCACUGUGUGUAAUUUACUGUAAAUGCGUAAAAUUAUUACAAUUAAAUGAUUACUUAAACUUUUUUGAUGAUACAUUUACUAAUUUCGAUUUUACAAUCGAGAAAUGGAUUUGGUUUACAAUUUACGUCUUAUUUCCAUUCUGUCUUUAUUCUCCCAAAUCUAUCUCUAAAAUCAUACAAAAAAAUAACUUUUUAAAUUAAAAUAUUUUAAUGCUACUCCACGUUUUGCAGCCUGCCAACAAGUCAGUCAUUAAUCAUGUUAAGUCAAAUAUUUAUAAAGUAUAUAAUAAUGAAUCUUAAAUAAGUUAAUAGCAACGAACAAUAUUUGUACUAAUUUCUGUCGUUGACAAAUAUUUUCUUGUAAGUUCGUAUUAAUGCCGUAGAAUUUUUAUAAAAUGAAGCGAGCAGAUUUUUAAGCUACACACGGUGAUACGAAUUAUUCGUAUAUAAUUUUCAGAUGUCUUUUACAUGAAGAUGUUUUCUACGGAAUUCUUAUACGAUUUCGAAGUCUUUUACCAUUUCCAUUUCGCAAUAUAUAUGUAUAAAACAAUAGAACUUAAUGUCUGUUAGCGAUAGUCAUUUGUAUAUCUAAAUUAUACUUCAUUUGCAUUUUGCUAUACAUGAUCUAAAGAAUGUAGAUAUAUUGUGCCUUUUGUAUAUUGUAUAUAGUAUUUUGUAUAUAAACAUAUUUUACAUGAAAUAUUGUAAUAAUGUAAUCUAUUCACAUAAACAAUAAAUAAAACUUUAGAAAAUGGUUGUUUUAGUCCAUAAUUGCCCCUUUUUAAUUACGAAACUUGUUUUAUUGAAAAUAUAAUAUUCGUUAAGAAAUUAGUUCUGCGAAGCAUUAACUAAAUAAAAUGGCACGUAAAUACGUACAAAAGUAUAUCAAUGAAUUUAUAUGUAUAUACAUGCGUAUCUAUAUGGUACAUUGGUAUCACUUUUAUUUGUAAUAAACUUUUAUACAAAGUAAAGCACAUGCCUAUUUCGCAUAACUUACUUAAUGAAAUGCACAAUAUUUACACUUUCGCAAAAAAUACAUAAGAUACGUGAAAUUUUUUUCUUGCAAUUGAUUGAAAUUGUGUAUUUCUUCGCAGUUCCGUAACGAACAAUAUUAUUUACGUAAUAUUUAUAACACAUAGAUGUUAUACUUAUCUAAACAUCACAUUGGCAAUUCGUCUACAGUUAGUAGUAAUUACAUAUUUUUUUUUUUAUAACUACUAGCGCAUUUGAUAUAUUACAGUAAUAUUUACAAUCUUUUGUUAUUGUAUAUUAAUACAGAGUGACGCAAAUAUCGUUAUCACAUCAAGAUGCUUCCAUUUCUUCGAACAAUGCGAACAAAUAUCGAAGGAAAACAUUAGUUCCAAAGUAUCUAUUUAAAAAAAUAACGUUCUGACAAUUUUUAUUUCCAAGGUCAUUUGUAGUUCAUACUGUCAUAAGCCAUUGAAUUUGUUUUGAUGUCAGCUAGAGUACAGCAUCGAUGACAAAAUAGUGAAAGCAUAAUAUUGGACACUUUUUUGUACUAGCAAGAAGAACGGAGAUUUUGAAGGCGAUAACAUUAGGUGCAUCAUCCCGUACAAUAUCAAAAACGUACAAAAGUGAAAAUAUAAUUUUAUUAUUUUCCAAAAACUUGGGAUAUGUAAUCACCCAGAAAAAUGCAUAUAAAAAAUGUAUGCGUAAUCUUACCAAAACUUCGCUUUGCAUUACCCUUCAAAAUCACUUCGAAAGAUGAAUCGCAUAACUAAUCAUUUUAUGGUAUAUUUAUACUGUUUGUAUUACACGGCAAUAGACAAUGCAAAAGACUGAUAUUCCUGUCGACCUAACUAUAACGCAUGGUUUCAUUAUGGAAUCCAUAUGUAAUCAAGAAUUCAGGAUGUCAAAGAACAUCUGUUUUCUAUUGUCGUGAAUUCAUGAUACGAAUAUGUAUCAUAGUAUUGUAUUAUAUUAUUAUGUAUUUCUUCUUUACUUCAGUCAUUUUCACGUAUGUUGUAAAACAUAUACAAAUUUAAACUGGAUUCUUUUGGACUUAAUCUUUACAUUCUAUUCUUAUAUUUCUAUUUUACUCUAUCCUAUUCUACACCUUCUGUAUAAAAUGUAGCUGAAAUAUUGCGUUGUAUGCGUUAUAGUAGAAACGACUGUGCUAAAUUCUAGUGUGCAUUUAUUGUUAUAUUGAGCGUAUUUUGAGGUCCUGACGGAAUGUACCAAGUUGUGCUAACUCUAUGUGUUACGUGUUAAAAAAUAAGAAAUUUUUCAAAAAAAUGUCUCGAAAUAUCUGUUUUUGUGCUCGUUUGCUACUUAAUUAUAGAUUUAAUUUUUAAGUAGAGAUUCACAGAGAGAAUUGACUUUCAUACUUAGAGAUAAAUAUGUUGCAGAAUUUGCAUUUCUGAAACUUUCAUACUUUCCAUAUAAACACACUUUCUGUGCAAAAUAGCUAUUCUGUUCGUUUGAAAAAUGUAUGAGGUGUUUUGGUUCCUUACAUCCAUGGAAUGUUAUGAUUUAGUUAGUACCUGUAACUGGUCAGAAGUUGUUUGGUAAACAUUUCGAUUAACGCUUGAAUUUCGUUUCAAAAAUUAUUUUCGUACCAUCUAUGAUUUAUAUUAUACACUAACUUUCGAAACUCCUAUAUUUUUUUAUUUCUCCUCUUCCUAGAAACUCUCACAAACAAACGAUCAACUUAUAUCAAUUAAAUUAAAAAAUUAUAAA